CCAGGGAGCUUCGAACCGAGGACAGGAUGGUACGUCCCAGCAGGACGCCUACCCUCGUCGCUGUGCCGCCGCCCGAUCUCAGCCGGCAUCUCGGCGACCUCCUCGCAGCCGGGCAUGGCGCCGACGUGACGUUCCAGGUUGCCGGCGAGACGUUCAGGGCGCACAGGUACAUUCUGGCGGCCAGAUCGUCGGUGUUCAAGGCACAAUUCUUGGGCGCCAUGAGGGAGAGCAAUGUCAGCAGCCAAGCGUAUCCGAUACGCGUGGCUGACAUGGAGCCACAGGUGUUCCGGGCUUUGCUCGCUUUCUUGUACACCGACGCACUGCCAGAUUAUUGCUCUUCGGGUCAAGAAGACGAAGCAGCCGCGAUGGCUCAGCAUCUGCUUGUCGCCGCAGACAGGUACGGCAUGGAGAGGCUGAAGCUCGUUUGCGAAGAUAGCCUGUGCAAGCACAUUGAUACAGGCUCUGUGGCGAUCAUCUUGGCUUUGGCUGAGCAGCACAACUACCAGGGGCUGAAGAAGGCCUGCUUCCGGUUCAUGAUCAGGUCCUCUUCAGCUCUGAAUGAUGUACUGGCAACUGAUGGGUUCCAACAUUUACCCCGAAGCUGCCCUUCUGUUUUGAAGGAGCUGCUAUCCAAUUCUUCUACUCCGGACCCAACUAGUUACUACUGGUACCAAGCACUGGUAGUGGUACUUAUUCUAUGCUUUGCGGUUUGGGGGUUUGUAGUUUUCAUUGUUAACCACUUCUCUCCUGUCAAGCUAGUACUAACUAGCUAG